AUGUACAGUCUUCUUAAUUUACUCAUGAUUUAUUUUAAAACAGUUGUUUCGUUCAAUCUUGAUAUUGAGUCACCUGAUGUGCUCAUUGGACCUCCAAAUUCAUUAUUUGGAUAUGCUGUUGUGAGUGCUGCGGCACCUGGAAAGCAUCGAUGGGUUUAUGUGGGUGCUCCAAAAGCUCGUAUAUUCAAUCAAUUCGAUGUUAAUGUAACAUAUGAGUCUGGUAGAUUGUUUGGUACUCUUUACGAGUGUCCGGAAAAUACGAAAGAAUGUAAAUCAAUUAUUUUUGAAAAUAAAAUUGCAGACGUAAUACCAUCAUUUUCUAAUAUACUUGAUGAUGCUUGGCUCGGUGCAGCUGUGGCAGCGACAGCAGACGAUACCAUUGUGGCUUGUGGCUAUCGUAUGAUGCGUAGCAUAAGUUUAGAACGAUAUGAUAUGCGCGGUGGCUGUAUCAAAAUAUCUCCAGAUCGUCGUGAUUAUUUGUAUUACGAUUUUUGUGAUCUUGAUGCAGAAACAGAAUUAUUGCAUGAAGGUGUUACAGUGUGUGAAAGUGGAAUGAGUCUAUCUCAAAUUCAAUCAUCGCGUUCAUCCAUUAUCGCAUUUGGUGAACCAGGUGCAUUCCAGUGGUCUGGAAGAGUAGAAGCCGAUUACUCAGAUACAAUUUUAAGACAACCAUAUUUGCUAAGACAACAUUCAGUUCAACCUGCUGAAUAUAGUUACUUAGGUUAUUCGGUGUUAAUGAUUAAAUUAAAAACAAGAGAACAACUGACAUCUUCAACAGAAUAUUUGUUAUUAGCGAGUGCUCCACGUGCAUCAAAUCAACGUGGUGAAAUAUGGUUUUUUAAUAAACGCUUUGUUUCCACGUCAAACUUUGGUUUUGAUACACUGGAAAUGUCUACGAAUCGUACACAAUUAAUUGGUGAACAAUUAGGUGCUUAUUUUGGUUACUCUUUGGCUGCUGGUGAUUUGAAUGGUGAUGGACACACAGAUUUAGCGGUUGGUGCACCAUUUUUUUAUUCAAAACGACCGUCAUAUGGUGGCGCUGUUUAUAUUUAUUUUGGCUUAAACGGAAAGUUCACAAAUGAUCGUCGUCAGAAACUAUUGGUAGCUCCUGCUCAUUCUCGAUUUGGAUUUGCUAUUGCCUGUCUGCCGGAUUUGAAUAAAGAUGGUAUUGAUGAUUUGGCAAUAUCAGCUCCAGGUGAAUCUGAUGGAAUAAAUAGUGGAAGUAUUUACAUUUAUCUUGGUAAAGACAAUUGGAAAACACAAUGGAAAUUUAGUCAAAAAAUAGUACCAAGUCAAUUAGUAAAUGUUAUUAAACAACCAUUUGUUCGUGAUUUUGGUUUUUCAUUGGCAACACAAUCAACAUUUACAAAUGAUCUUUAUCAAAAUUCAUCUAUUUAUCCAACAUUAAUUGUGGGUUCAGUUGACAAACAAAAUUUAAUUAUCAUAUACACAUUAUCUGCUGAUCGUCUAUCAACUAUUGGUCGUAUUAUAUCGACUGUUAAUCAUUUACCAACGAUAACGAGUAAACAAACAUUGGGAACAUGCAAAAACCAAACAUUUAUUACAAAAAGUGGAAACGAUGAUUUUCUUACACCAAUUCAAUUUCAACUGGUCUAUAAUAUAUCUCAUGAUAGAAAUGAUCAUCGAACACGAACAUAUACUGAGGAUAGUUUUCCCAUGAUUAACGCAACGGAAGAACAAAGAACCAUACAAUUUGAAGCUAAUUUUUACAAAGGUUGUGGUGAUGCUGAUCGAUGUAGUACUGAUUUACAAUUGACAGCUGACUUCGUUAACGGGCAAAAAUCAUCCAAUAUAUCAGUGCUAGGCAUUGAUUCUGAAAUUCGUGUACGUUUAAAUUUAUCUAAUAUUUCACCACAUCUUUCUCGUAGAAAGGCCGAUCCGGCAUUUGGCACAAAAAUUGAUAUUUAUUAUCCAAGUUCGUAUGUACAAUUUUCUCAUGCUGUUAUGGAUGAUAAAACGUACGUAUGUGCACCGAUAAUGCGUGACCAUUUACGUUGUAAAAUGACCGACUAUUUUAAUAAUCCAUUCCAAUCAGAUAAAGUAUCAAUAACCGAAUUAAUAUUUACAUUAUCCAACAUAUCGUUGGCAAAUAUUUUACGAUUUGAUUUUAAUUCUUCAACCUUAACAAAUGAUACUAAUAUUUUCAACAAUAAUGUAACAUUGUUAUCAAAAGUUUUACUUAAAACUGAUAUGAAUAUACGUGGUACACAUGAACCAGAACAAGUAAUUAUUAGUGGGAAAAUAAUUGGACUAAGUUCCGUAAAAAAUUUAGAUCAAUUUGGAAUUGAUAUCAUACAUACUUAUACGAUUGUAAAUUCUGGUCCAAAUACUGUUCGUUCUCAUAAGGUGACAAUAUAUUGGCCUUAUGAAACAUUGAAUAAUGAAUGGGAUGAUGGGAAAUUACUAUUAUAUCUUACAGAGGAACCAACAAUAGAAUUAUCACCUGUUCUCUCCAAUAGUGGAGUAAAAAUUGAAGGAUAUUGUAAACGUGAUCGUCACUGGCAUGAUCAUAUUGAUAUAUUAAGUUCAAUUAAUGUGAGAAAAAAACGUCAACAUUUAAUUGAUGAUGAUAUUAUUGCAAUAACAGAAUCAAUUCCAAUAAAAACACUGACACUAGACAGUCUAUCAACAAUUCGAACGUUAAUUUUAACAUGUAAUCCAAACUAUCGUAAUGUUCGAUGUUAUCCAAUUAAUUGUUAUAUAAAGACACUUCAAGCACAUCAAUACUAUUUUAUUAAAUUACGGGCACGUUUAUGGAAUAGUACAUUAAUUGAAGAUUAUUUUACCACAUACGAUAGAGUAGAUAUCAAAUCAUAUGCACAAAUCAGUAUACAAGAUCCACUUAUAUUUCAGACAAAUAUCGUUAAUGAUAACGCAUCAGCAACAACACCAGCAGAAUUUGCUAAUAGAAGUGAAAUUGUUGUACCAAAAUUACCACUUUGGGCAGUGCUUGUGGGCGCAAUGGCUGGACUUAUUUUGCUCAUAUUUAUCAUUGUCGUUUGUUGUCUGCUUGGCUUCUUUCAACGACGCGAUUUGGCACCAAAACCUCCACCCAAAAAAAAAGCUGCUAUUCUUGUCAUGGACGGUACUACUACCAAUAGUUCAAGUGAAGAACAACAACGUGCAACACGUUUAUCAUUAAAAGAACAUUCUAAAAAUGUGACAAAUCGUAGUUUUAGUCCUUCUGCAGGUGUCAGCAUGGAACAAUCAAACAAUAAUAGUGAAAUAUUAGAUACAAUGAAUUUAGCUAUUGUUAUUGAAGAUUCAGAUGUUGAGGAAGAAGAUUUAAUAAGUAAAGAGGAUAAUCAAGCACUAUUGUUAAAUCAACAACAACCAAGACAAUCCGUAGUAUCAAUCAAAUAUGUAAAAACAUUCAGUGAUGAGUAA